AUGGGAGGCAAACUUUCCAGUUUGGAUCCAAUGGAGGUACCUGUGCCAGAGUUACACUUGCUGCUAGAAAGGGAUCCUUAUUUAAAGCCUCAUGAGAGGGAAUUCCGUCGAAGAUAUGCAGUUAUGUCAGAUAGUUUGGGAAGAAUCGAAAAUGAUUUUGGAGGUUAUGAUAAAUUCUUGAGGGCUUACCGUGAGUAUGGCAUGCAUGUGAAUCCUGAUAAUUCAGUGCAAUGUAUCGAGUGGGCUCCUGGUGCGCAGCAGCUCUUCCUCACUGGAGAUUUCAAUCAAUGGAACAAAACUAGUCAUCCAUUUACUAAAUGCGAUUUUGGCUUAUGGAAACUUACAAUCCCACCAGAUGACAAGGGUCACUGUAGAAUCUCUCAUUUGUCUGAAAUCAAGAUUGUGGUUCAAACACAGAGUGGGGAGCUUGUCCAUAGGAUAUCUCCCUGGGCCACCUACGUUGUGAAGCCUCCUAUCACGGAAGGAUUGACGUACAAACAUUUAUUUUGGCACCCUCCUGAAUCAGAGAGGUAUACUCUAAAAAAUAAGAGACCAGAAAAACCUCAAAAUAUGAAAAUAUACGAAUCACACGUAGGAAUAGCCACUAGUGAAUAUAAAGUUGGAACUUAUUUGGAAUUUGCUCAAAACACUGUUCCUCGUAUCGUUAAGCUUGGUUACAAUGCUGUACAAAUCAUGGCUGUAAUGGAACACGCUUACUAUGGUAGUUUUGGAUAUCAAGUUACCAGUUUUUUCGCUGCUUCUAGUCGUUACGGGACACCUGAAGAAUUGAAGAAGAUGAUUGACGCGUGCCAUGAAGCUGGUCUAUAUGUUCUAUUAGACAUUGUUCAUUCGCAUGCUUCCAAAAAUGUUCUCGACGGAUUGAAUUUAUUCGAUGGAACCGAGGCUUGUUAUUUUCAUUCAGGUCCUAGGGGGACUCAUUCGUUAUGGGAUAGCCGAUUAUUCGAUUAUUCUCAGCCUGAGGUAAUGCGAUUUUUACUCUCUAACUUAUUCUGGUAUUACGAAGAAUAUGGCUUUGAUGGAUACAGAUUUGAUGGUGUUACAUCUAUGUUAUACCAUAGCCAUGGUAUGCAAGGAUUUUCUGGCGAUUAUAAUGAAUAUUUUGGUCUCGGAGUUGACACUGAUGCUUUAAUUUAUUUAAUGCUCGCAAACAGUUUAUUGCAUAAGUUUCAUCCUAAUGUUAUUACGAUAGCUGAGGAUGUUUCCGGUAUGCCAGCAUUAUGCAGGCCUGUGUCUGAAGGUGGCGUCGGCUUUGAUUAUCGCCUUGGCAUGGCAAUCCCUGAUAAAUGGAUUGAAUUAUUGAAAACUAAAGCUGAUGAGGAUUGGAAUAUUGGAAACAUUGUACAUACUCUUACGAACAGAAGAUGGAUGGAGAAAACCAUAGCGUAUGCAGAAUCUCAUGAUCAGGCUUUGGUUGGUGAUAAAACCAUCGCUUUUUGGUUAAUGGAUAAGGAGAUGUACACUGGAAUGUCUCUCAUAUAUGGAUCUAAUGAUAUAAUUGAACGGGGCAUUGCUCUGCAUAAGAUGAUAAGGUUAAUAACACAUGCUCUUGGUGGAGAAGGAUAUCUUAAUUUCAUUGGCAAUGAGUUUGGACAUCCUGAAUGGUUAGAUUUUCCCCGAGAAGGUAAUCAAGAAUCGUACCAUUACUGCAGGCGACAAUGGAACCUAGUCGAUGACGAAACAUUGCGAUAUAAGCAAUUAAAUGACUUCGAUAUAAUAAUGAAUCACACUGAAGAAAAGUACAAGUGGCUUCAAGCUCCUCCAGCCUACGUUAGUUGGAAACAUGAAGGAGACAAAGUGAUAGUUUUUGAAAGAGCUGGUCUUGUUUUCGUAUUCAACUUUCAUCCGACUCAAAGCUUUCCAGGAUACCGAAUCGGAGUAGACAUCGCAGGAACUUACGUAAUUGCCAUAUGUUCUGAUGAUAAGCAGUUUGGAGGUUUCGAUAGAAUUGAUAAAAGCAUAAAAUAUGAAACCCAAAACUACUCGCAUGCUAACAGGAAAUAUUCUUUUGAAAUUUACAUACCUUCCAGAGUCGCACUCGUCUUCAGUAAAAUUUAG